UCGAGGCGUUUGGUUGUGUCUCGGUUUACGUUUCAUUCUACGUAGUGCUUCUACUAUAGUGUUUUAUGUUGCUAUUGUGAAAUUGACUAUAAAAUCAUUUUAUAUUUUCUUGUGAUUAAAAACUAACGUUGUUUCCUUGUUAAUAUAUUUUUGUGGAAGUGUAUAUAGAUUUGUUAAUUGUUAAACGCCGUAACUGGAAUAAGAUUGAAGAAAUGAUGUAAAAUCAAGGAUAACAUCGAAUUUAAAAAACAAUAUGUCAUACAUCAAGAGAUAGCUGAAAACAAACAAAAUGGCGGACGACAAAGAUUGGAUGGAUUACAUCCCAACACAGAAUAUAACGAAUAUAAAAACAAUAGACAACGGAAUAAAUGUCCCAUCACAUACUAACUACAGUUUAUAUGAUAAUGAAACUGGUUUUCUAGAAUAUUCCAAUUUUACAACCGACGAUUAUUGCUCGUCGAAUCAUUCACAUGUAUACUUGAACGUGACAUGUGAGUUUCCAAUAAACUAUGCGGAACCGAUGUAUGGAUACAUCGCCCCAUUUCUUCUAGCAACAACCACGGUUGCUAACACUUUGAUCGUUGUUGUACUAUCUCGUCGUCAUAUGAGGACACCUACGAACGUCGUUCUAAUGGCUAUGGCACUAUGCGAUAUGUUCACAAUGCUGUUUCCUGCACCAUGGCUGUUCUAUAUGUAUACAUUCGGCAACCAUUACAAGCCACUGAGCCCAGUACAGGCGUGCCAAGCAUGGAAUUAUAUGAAUGAGGUGAUACCGGCAAUGUUCCACACGGCCAGCAUCUGGUUAACGCUCGCGUUGGCCGUGCAGCGAUACAUCUAUGUCUGCCACGCGCCCGUCGCCAGGACUUGCAUCACAGUAUGGCGUGGUCACUUCGAAGAAGUUUGCAGGGUUGAAUUCUCUCCUUGGGUGAACAAAGUUUCUCUAGACGCCUACUUCAGUACAUACUUCGGUUUUCGUGUCAUUUUCGUUCAUUUAGUUCCAUGCACAUCACUGGUAGUAUUAAAUGUGCUACUUUUUAAAGCUAUGAGACAAGCGCAAAUGAACCGUCGUAGACUAUUCAAAGAGAAUCCUAAAAACGAAUGUAAGAAACUCCGAGAUUCAAACUGCACUACUCUCAUGUUAAUCGUAGUUGUAACCGUUUUCUUAGUAGUCGAAAUACCGUUAGCAGUUGUAACUAUAUUGCAUAUAAUAUCGAGUACUAUAGUUGAAUUUUUAGACUAUCGUAUCGCUAACAUACUCAUAUUGAUAACGAAUUUCUUUAUUAUGGCAUCUUAUCCGAUUAAUUUUGCGAUAUAUUGCGGUAUGUCGAGACAAUUUCGAGAGACGUUUAAAGAGUUAUUUAUAAGGAGCGUCGUUGCUAGCAGAAAUGGUGCUUCAAGUAGAUAUUCUCUGGUCAACGGUCCCAGAACUUGUACCAAUGAAACUGUGCUAUAAGUAAAAAUAUUUGAAAUAACCGUUUCUAUUUAAUACUUGACAACGAUUUGAAAAAUAUUGAUACUUAUGAAGGCCAGCGAGAAGCGGUUAAUACCGAAUAAUUGGUCCUUCGAGCCGGAUAUACUUGAAAUUUAUUUAAAAACAGCACAGAUAAACAUAAAUUAUUUAAAAUUUAAUUAUUAAUUUCAGCCAGUAAUGGUUCUGAAAGUAGGUUAAACUUGUGAGUUAUUAUUUUAUAAAGUAGAUGGUUCUUGUUUUUUACUGAAAAGGGAACGAAUAGGUAAUUUAACAAUGUUAUGUUAGGAGAAUCUUUAAUAAUAGUUUGAACCAAUAUUGUCUUUAUGUAAACAAAAUGUAAUUAUGAUUGUAAUGUAUUUUUAUAUGAAAAUAUCAACGAAAUUUUAAAAUUGUAAGAGAUUAUUAAGGUUUUAAUACUGUUUUGAUUGAAAUAAAAAAAAGUAAUUUAGUUAGAUUCGAGCGAGUGGUAUGAAACCUGCAUGAAAACUGCAAAGCACUUAAAAAUAAUUAUUUUGUUAUUAUAAUGUUCGUAAGUUACGGGUUUCUUACCACGAUUGGGUUG